AUGUACCGCACUCUUGGCAUUGCCGCUCGGCUCGUAAACAAGCCAACGAAAGGAUCACGAAUAAUCGUCCUGUCCGGUCGGAGAAAUCUCUUUAAGCUCUACACGAUUAUCCACAUCGAGACGAUGAACUUGGGUCGGAAUGGAGAUGGCGCCCGGGAACUGCUGUGCCUCCACCAUGCCAGACACUCGAGCCCAGAAGGCAUGAGUUCCAAGAAGCCGAAAGCAUGGCCGAAACAGGUUUCAGAACCUAAGCGUCGAACAGAAUACCUUUGGCCAUUGCAGAUCCAUAGAUCAACGGAGCGCGAAUGUGUUCUAAUUUCUUCGCAAUUAUCGUUUCGCGCUUCGCAUCAUCCGCCUCCCAAAUUCGAUGUGUGCAAGGGCAAUCACAAAACGGAGCAUGGAGCGCGCUCCUAA